AUGGAGCUGCUCGUGGGAGAGAAGCUGGUCUUGAACUGCACAGUGUGGGCCGAGUUCAACUCUGGUGUGCACUUCGAGUGGACUUACCCUGGCAAACAGGUACCUCGGGCAGUGAUAGAGUCCGAGCGCCAGUCCCUGCAGACACAGACAGAGCUCUCCAGCAUCCUGACCCUCCACAACGUCAGCCAGCAGGACCUGGGCAGGUACACGUGCACUGCCAGCAACGGGGCCCAGAUGCUAGAGGAGAGCACCGAUGUCAUCGUGCAUGAAAAGCCCUUCAUCAACGUGGAGUGGAGGAAGGGCCCAGUGAUAGAAGCCACUGCAGGCGAUGAAGUUGUGAAGCUGCCGGUGAAAGUUGUGGCUUACCCCCCACCAGACUUCCAGUGGUACAAGGACGGGAAGCUAAUUCCCAAGCAAUCUCAAUCUUCAAUGCAGAUCAAGGAUGUGUCGGAGCAGCACGCCGGGACCUACACGCUGGUUCUGCGGAACAGGCUGGCGGGGCUGGAGAAGCACAUCAGCCUCCAGUUAAUAGUCAACGUUCCUCCACGCAUCCAUGAGAAGGAAGCCUCCUCCCCAAGCAUCUACUCCCAGAGGAGCCCCCAGGCCCUCACCUGCACAGUCUAUGGCAUCCCAGCACCAGAGGUGAUCCAGUGGCAGUGGAGGCCGUGGACACCCUGUCGGAUGUUCUCUCGACGCAGCCUCAACAGCAGGCACCGGGCAGCAAGGCGGCAUCAGCGGGACCGGAUGCCUGAGUGCAAGGACUGGAAAGAUGUGUCACAGCUGGAUGCAGUGAACCCCAUCGAGAGCAUUGAUACCUGGGUGGAGUUUGUGGAGGGGCGGAACAAGACAGUGAGCAAACUGGCCAUCCAGGAGGCCAACAUCUCAGCCAUGUACAAGUGUAUUGCCUCUAACAAAGUGGGUCGAGACGAGCGGCUGAUCUACUUCUAUGUGACAACCAUUCCAGACGGGUUUAAGAUUGAAUCCCAGCCCUCNGAAGAGCUCAUAGAGGGGCAGGACCUACAGCUGAGCUGCAAUGCAGACAACUACACCUACGAGAAUCUACAGUGGUAUCGGCUGAACCUCUCCAAGCUCCACGAUGAGGAGGGCAACCCCCUCGUGCUGGACUGCAAGAAUGUCCACCUCUAUGCCACCAAGAUGCAGGGCGAGCUGCACUUCCAGCCUGGCUCCAACUAUGCAAGCUUGCUGCUCACCAUCCCAAACAUCUCCCUGGGCGAAGAGGGAGACUAUGUUUGUGAGGUGCAGAACCGGAAGACUCGGGAGAAACACUGCCACAAGAAUUACAUCUCUGUGCAGGCCCUGGAGAUCCCUCGCCUCCAGCAGAACCUGACAGACAUUUGGGUGAACGUCAGCGACUCCAUAGAGAUGCGCUGUAAGGUGGACGGCAGCCACAUUCCCAAAAUCAGCUGGUACAAAGACGAGAAACUGGUGGAAGAAGUGUCAGGAAUUGACCUGGCAGACUUCAACCAGAGGCUGAGCAUCCAGAGGGUGAGGGAGGAGGAUGCUGGGCUCUACCUGUGCAGCGUCUGCAACGCUAAGGGCUGUGUGAACUCCUCGGCCAGCGUCUCUGUGGAAGGCUCUGAUGACAGGACCAACGUGGAGAUUGUCAUCCUGAUUGGGACUGGGGUUAUUGCUGUUUUCUUCUGGAUCCUCCUUAUCCUCAUCUUCUGUAACAUCAAAAGGCCUGCCCAUGCAGACAUCAAGACAGGCUAUCUCUCCAUCAUCAUGGACCCUGGCGAGGUGCCCUUGGAAGAGCAGUGCGAGUACCUGCCCUAUGAUUCCAGCAAGUGGGAGUUCCCACGAGACCGCCUGCGCCUGGGUAAAGUCCUGGGUCAUGGUGCCUUUGGGAAGGUGGUGGAAGCAUCAGCGUUUGGGAUCAAUAAAAGUAACAGCUGUGAGACCGUGGCAGUCAAAAUGCUGAAAGAGGGAGCUACAGCCAGUGAGCACAAGGCACUGAUGUCAGAGCUGAAGAUCCUCAUUCAUAUUGGGAAUCACCUCAACGUGGUGAAUUUGCUGGGUGCCUGUACCAAACCCAAUGGUCCGCUCAUGGUUAUAGUUGAGUUCUGCAAGUAUGGAAACCUCUCCAACUACCUGCGGACCAAGCGGGAAGGAUUCAGUCCUUACAGGGAGAAGUCUUCCAGGCUGCGUAUUCAGGUCCAGUCCAUCGUGGAGGCAGUGAGAGCAGACAGGAGGAGUCGCUCUGGGACUAGCGACAGCGCCAUCUUCACCCGCUUCCUGAUGCACAAGAGCCCGCCGGCGCAGCCCUUCCAGAUCCAGGAAGUGGAUGACUUGUGGCAAAGUCCCUUGACAAUGGAAGACCUGAUCUGCUACAGCUUCCAAGUAGCACGUGGCAUGGAAUUCCUGGCAUCCCGAAAGUGCAUCCACAGAGACCUGGCAGCUCGCAACAUCCUGCUGUCCGAGAACAACGUGGUGAAGAUCUGCGACUUCGGCCUGGCCCGGGACAUCUACAAGGACCCCGACUAUGUCAGGAAAGGCAGUGCCCGUCUUCCACUGAAGUGGAUGGCUCCAGAAAGCAUCUUUGACAAGGUCUACACUACCCAGAGUGACGUCUGGUCCUUUGGGGUCCUUCUCUGGGAAAUCUUCUCACUAGGGGCAUCUCCAUACCCUGGAGUCCAGAUCAAUGAGGAGUUCUGCCAGAGACUCAAAGAUGGUACCAGAAUGAGAGCCCCAGAGUAUGCCACAGCAGAAAUUUACCGUAUAAUGCUGAGCUGCUGGCAUGGUGAUCCCAAGGAGAGACCAACUUUCUCUGACCUGGUGGAGAUACUGGGGAACCUUCUUCAGGAAAAUGUCCAGCAGGAAGGGAAGGAUUACAUCCCACUGAACGACUCUCACAGCUCAGAAGAUGAUGGCUUCUCCCAGGUGCCUUCCUCUGCCCAGCAAAACUCAGAUGAAGAGGACUUUGACAUGAGGAUACGCUGCCACAGCCUAGCAGCAAGAUACUACAACUGUGUCUCAUUCCCUGGUUGUUUGACGGGAGGAAAUCAGAUCAGGUGUCCAUCCAGGAUAAAGACAUUUGAAGAGUUUCCCAUGACACAUACAAUGUACAAGGCACACCCGGACAAUCAAACAGACAGUGGGAUGGUUCUGGCAUCUGAGGAAUUUGAGAGGAUAGAAAACCGACACAGAAAAGAAGGUGGAUUCAGCAGUAAAGGGCCCAGCCGAACUGCGGAGCUGCCAGGGGAACAGCCGGAGCUGCGGGGCAGGUGUCGGCCGUCAUACGGGGCCCAGGUGGGAGGCCAGACUUUUUACAACAGUGAAUACGGGGAGCUGUCAGAACACUCAGAGGACGGCAGCUGCACCCCACCUGGAGAGGGGGCCAGUCCCCCCACUCUCCACACUUCCUUCUUCUCUGAGCAGUACUAAGGGUGUCAGGCCCGGAGGCGCCUGCCGGGGCACCCGCCCUCACCCUCCAGGCGCAUCAUCAGGGUCACUCAGAGCUUCUCCUUCCACAUACACCCAACUCCAGCAGGGAACCUACCCCGAAUGGAUGGGGAACACCAGUGUCCUUGGAACCACAGCACGAUGGCCCACGCGUCACCUCCAGGUGCAGCUUCCCUGCACGGGGACUGGAGAGAGUGCCUGCUGAUUCCUCACAUUUCUCUUUUCCCUGUGGCUCAGACAGAUGCAUCCUGCUGGCAAGUGGGUGCCUGUGCUCAGCACCACAGCACCUUCUGCUGAGCAUCCAGCCUCCGCUCGCAUCAGCUUCCCAUUCAGAAAGCCCAUUUCAGGUCAGAUAUAAAUAGAUCUGUCUUAGUCUCCAGUUUCUUCCUGGUGUGCAGCCUGAAUGUUUU